AUGGAGAUUCAGGCCCCUCUUCACUCUGGCAGGCCAGGGAGAAGACCAGUUAAGGGGCAGGACAUGUUCAUGUCUUCCUUUGUGGCUCAAUCGAAACUGCGCCAGACUCUCUUUGGAAAUACCAUCCAGGUCUUCAGCCCUGACUGGACAAAGGCUUAUUUCCAGUUUCAUGAGCCUUUUUCUGACCUGGCUUUCACAUUGCAAGUGGGAAAGGGAGGUGUCCGAAGCAUUCAGAUGGCUGUACAAGGAUCCAUCAUUAAAUACCUGCUGUUUACAAGGAAGGGAAAAGACGGUAACUUCCUCAGCUUGUACAGGAUAAGCAAGCUCGAUCAGGACCACACGCUGGCGGCGGUACUCGCAGGCAUCCUGUGGGCUGCAGGAGCAGCUCAGAAGGCCACCAUCUGCCUCAUUACUGAGGACACUUAUGUUGCCCCAACUCCUGGCUACUCUGGGGACGGUUUCUCUGAACGGCUCCAGCUGUUUGAACUUUCAGACAAAGAAGCCACUGAGAAAUUCAUCUAUGAUCAUUUACAAUGUGUCACAGCGAUGGAAAACUUGAGCAUGAGUUCUCAAACACACACUAGCAAUAGAUUCUUGGGUAAACCAGUUACCCCAGACCUACCUCCUCCAUCAGCUCUUGGGUCCAUGCGGCUUCAGAAGGAGCUGGACGUCUCCACCACUCACCUACUACAACCAAAUGCUGGAGGUUUCCUGUGCAGGCAGGCAGUUUUGAACCUGAUUUUAACCGGAAGAGCAAGUCCACACAUUUUUAAUGGCUGUCAGAAAGGAAAGUCUCAAGAAAUAUUACAUGGGGUCCUGACCCGCAGCGACAUCGGCUAUUUGCAGUGGGGUAAAGACACUUUAGAGGAUGACAGGCUUUCACAGGUGGGCAGCAUGCUGAAGACUCCCAAGUUACCUGUCUGGCUGUGCAACAUCAACGGAAAUUACAGUGUCCUGUUUAGCACAAACAGGCAGCUUUUAUCAGACUGGAAAGUGGAGCGCCUCUUUGAUCUUUAUUUCUACAGUGGCCAGCCCGCACAGAAAAAGCCUGCGCACCUUACCAUAGGUGAGCGCUCCAGACCCUAG